AUGGAUUGGCAACUUGUCGAUCUUGAGCACGGAAAUAUAUCAGAUGACUCCAUGCAUGAAAUUGCGGCCGCGGCGGCAGCAUGUGGUGUAUCACCGAUUGUGCGCAUCGUGGAAGGACGACACUGGAUGAUUAAACGUGCUUUGGAUUCUGGGGCACACGGUAUCCUCGUCCCUGUCUUAGAAACUGUGCAGGAUGCGAAGGAUGUGGGAGCUUACUGGAAAGGAAUACUGGAGUUUGGCAUGGUUGCGAUCAACACCGGAGUUAUUUCAGACUCCGCAGCACCAUUCGGCGGUGUCAAGCACUCUGGUAUGGGUCGCGAGGGCAGCAAGUACGGCAUUGACGACUAUGUGAACAUCAAGAUGAUUGUGACCGGUGGUAUCAACACUGUCUACACAUCUAGCUUAUAG